AUGGGGAGUAGCCUUUGUUGUUCAAAGGAGAGCUUGAAUAGAGGUGUUUGGACAGCUCAAGAAGACAAAAUCCUCUCAGAGUACAUCAGACUCCAUGGUAAAGGAAGAUGGAGAAACCUUCCCAAAAGUGCAGGUUUGAAAAGAUGUGGGAAAAGUUGCAGGCUUCGAUGGUUAAAUUAUCUGAGACCAGAUAUCAAGAGAGGUAAUAUAUCCUCAGAUGAAGAAGAGCUCAUCAUCAGGCUCCACAAGCUUUUGGGCAACAGAUGGUCCUUAAUAGCAGGGAGGCUUCCAGGGCGAACAGACAAUGAAAUAAAAAAUUAUUGGAAUAGCAAAUUAAGAAAAAAGUUGAUAUCGAGGGGAAGACAUAAUAAUGUUAUAAUGCCUAGUUUUUUGGCUAUUAUUCAAAACCAGUUUGUAGUAAUAGUAAAUGGUGUAUGAGAGCAAGAGCAACUUCAUACACAGUUACACAGUUAACCCCUCCUUCCCCAUUUCACCCGGCUCAUACUCCCUCUUCAUCGUUAUCGCCUAAACAUGACUAUUAUCGCUUCUGUCAUUCUUUAUUUAUCAAGCAUAUUCAGUCUGCAGUGCACGAGUACUACCCAAAUUCACCUAUAAACAUGUUCAGCAAGUGCAACCUUAAAAUACACGCAUGGCCUGAAGCUCAUUAACUCCUUCACAAGAGGAAGCCUAACGUGUCCUUACCAAGCAUACAUAUCCCAUUGAGAGGUCUCCAUUUUCCUUGGACGUGUGAAAUUAGGUCUUCAGAGGUGUCAUCCCCACACCAUAGUUUUAUGUAUCCUCGGGGAGCCUUUACAAUGACUUAGUAUCAUACUUGAGGCCAGCUUGAUCCUCACUGUACUCUAGGUGAAGAUUGAGUGCAUAUUUAUUCCAAGUUAUUUUAAAUAAAAAUGCUUUAUUUUUGUCUAACUUUUUGAGAGAGCUUUCAGAACACAAACGAUUAAGCUUUCAAAACAUAAACUACUAGGUCUACAUUAAACUUCUUAUUGUACUCGAAUAAGAUUUUUACUAUUGUCACCUCUUUUAAGAAUAGAUGUUCAUGGUGGCCAUUUUCCCCCUUACAUCGACAACUUGGUUCACCUAUUAGUAUUAAGUACAUUAUACCUUAAUUUAAAUUAUAGUUAGCUUUUUCAAUAGCUUGACCCUCAAUAAAAAUACCAAUUGUUAUGACUUAGACACAAGAGAAGUUUAACUCAGAAGAUUAGUCCAUUAGUCUAGUGGCUUAAGUAUCAUUAUAAGCUUCUUAUUUCAUUUAGUAUGGGGCUCAUAACUGUACAAGACACUUUAUGAUGGAAUAACUAUCAGUGUGAAUUAUUGGAGACUUUUUUGUUGUGAUAAUUUAGUGUGGUUUUUCUUGGAGACUUUUUUGUUGUGAUAACUUUGUAUUAAGGCUCGGUCUUAGUACUUGUUUAAUCUAAUCUUGGAUGUAUUUACUGGGUAUAUAAAAAAGAUUAUUCUUAAAUGAAUGUUUUGUGUGGACGAUAUAGUCUUUGAAUGAAGAAUUAAAGGAAGAGGUUAACUUUAAAUUUGAGCUUUGGAGAUAGAUUUUGGAAUCAUAGUAUUUUUGCUCGAGGAGUAAUAUAGGUAUAUGCAUGGCAACUUUAGCAAGAAAUAAGAAGAAAAAGAUAUGGAGGUAAAAAUAUAAGAUAAUGCCAUGUUUAUUUGGGAUUGAUAUUGCAAAAAGAUGGAGAAAUUAGUAAAAUGUCAAAACACAAGAUACAAACUGGAUGGUUAAAAUAUGAAGAAAACAAUGGCGUUGGGGGCGAUUUUUUACCACAAAGCACCUACAAAGCUUAAAGGGAAUUUUACUGUAUGGCUAUACUACUAUUUAUGUUCCAUGAUUGUGAAUGUUUGGCUAUCGAAAGAAAAAGUUAAAUGAUUGCAUAUGAGAAAAUGUUAGUGUGAUACCUGUAGAAGAAAAGAUAAAGACCAGUUUAAUCGACUUCGAUUAUACAUAAGGCCACUGGAAACAUUAGCAAGGAGAGUACUUGAUUUUUAGCCAUGUGAAAAGGAAUAGAGGCAAACCAAGAAUGACAUUAGAGAAAAUUAUUAAAAUUAAUUUCAUAGUAAUAUUUUUGUGAAUUUGUUUACUGACAGUCUCAAUGUCAUGGAAUUUUUUUUGUCCGAAACGCAUGUCAUCGUAGUGUCUUAACCAGAUCACCUUGAUUAAUUUCUGAUCUCUGAUGAACUUGAUGUUUGCCAUAUUUGAAGUCUUGAGUGUCUGUAGCUGUUAUUUUUUGUUUGAACUCCACCCCCCCUCGGGGCCUUCUUUUCCCUUUUGUUAAACUUAAUUCAUGUAUUUUUUUCUUCUCCUUUUUCUAUUGAGAUGAAUAUAUGUACUUUCAACUGUAGUCUUCUAUGACGAGCCUAUACUUUCGUUAGAUUAGAAAUGUCGAUUUUCCUAUCUUAUACACCAUGCACAGGUAAGAACUCAAAAAAUAGUAAGUGUUAAAUAUUAUGAAUGGUUUUUCUCAUAUCUAUGAAAAGAAUUAUUUUUUUUUCAAACAAAAAAAUUAUAUUCAUAACCCUUUAACCCAUCCUUGUGAUUGAAAAUAGGUUUACAUUUACAGGGGUAUUUUAUUUAAUAAUUACUUAUAUACAACGUCUUGUUCUCUGCUAUUGAUGGUUGGAGAGGGUUUUUUUUAAUUGCGAAGGACAACGAAAUAUAAAAGUGAAA